CCACCUUGCCAUCUCCGCUCCGCAGGUUUCCCUGUUUGGGAGGCCCCCUCGUCAGGCCCGUCAUCAACCGUUGGACGCCCUGGACGUGGUCGGCUCGAUCGAGAUGGUUGGAGCGGCGCGCUCCAGCCAAAUACGCACCGAACCUUAGCUUCAUUUCCUCCACGCCUCUCCGGUGCCGAUGGCCAAUCUCGCCUCCGUGUGUAUUGCGUUUUUAUCGCUGUGGGGUGCAGCUGGGGUCCAGGCUCUGGGGGUCCACGAGGCGCUCGCCUCGUCGAGGAAGCCCAGGAAGAAUGGCACCACGGACGCCCGCCUCGGCGCGAACCUGACGCUGCUGAUGGACUCGUGCCAAUACAUCGAGGUCCCUGCAGGGUCAGCCGGUUAUGUCCAUUUGCCUUAUGCCAGUGGGAUUCGAUCGCUGUCGAUGUGGUUCGCACCGUACAAGGACUUGGGAUAUUCGUGGGAGUACAUCGUGGACGCGCGUACUGGUCUCGGGUCUGGAUGGUUUUCUUUCCUAAAUUCGAUGACAUCGAUUCACAAGGGUACUAAUUGGCGUGACACUAUAUAUGUCAAUGGGGUGGCUACUACCACUUCGGGACUGAUAUCUGCUAUCACUUCUGCCUCAUACACGUCUGCCCCGUGGGUUCACUUGUACAUCGCUGCAGAUACCACUUUCGGUGACGAUAUAUUGCUGUUCUCGCGGUACACUGGCAAUGAAGGCAUGCCUGGGAAAAUCUACUCCGUGCAGUUGUGGCCAUCUGAGUUGUCAGCGGCUGACAUCUCGAACACGAUGCACGGAAUGGCGGCAUCGGUGACGCCCGUGGCCUCCUACUCGGCCGCAGACAUGACUGCCUUCAAGCACGGGCACGCGACCCUCGUGUCGGCAAGCCUCGAGCCAUACUGCCCGCCUUCGUAUGCGGCUGCGCCGACGACUGCCCCGACUGCCUUCCCGACGGCCUUCCCAACGCCCUUCCCGUCGGCUUUCCCGACGCCCUUCCCGACGGCCUUCCCGACGGGCUUCCCGACGCCCUUCCCGACGGCCUUCCCGACGCCCUUCCCGACGGGAUUCCCGUCGGCUUUCCCGACGCCCUUCCCGACGGCCUUCCCGACGGGCUUCCCGACGCCCUUCCCGACUGCCUUCCCGACGGCUUCCCCGACGCCCUUCCCGACCGAUACCCCGACGGCCCAUCAUGAUCCGUGCGCGGAGUACGCCGGGGAGUACGAGGUGUGGUACCAGGGCGCGAGGCGAGACACAAACAUGAUCAUUGUCUGCGACUGCUCUGCGACCCAACCAGGGAUCUCCGAUCUUCUCGGACUGGCUCCGCUUCGACGACGUGCCGGGGGUCAACCGGCCAGCCUCCCGGUGCACGGGGUCGGCGUAUAUUUCGAUCCAGUGACGCUCAUUCCUUGGGCGAUGUACAUCUUGGAGAGCCACGGGGAGGGCAAAUACGAGUGCCUGGGGAGCAGCGGUUCUACGAUCUCAGGCAACCAUUACACUGCUCCGAACCAGUACUGGGGCAGCGUCGAGUACCGGCUCAUGACUUCCGCCGUCUGUGCCACCUCGGCGCCAACGCCUGCCGUCGUCGUUCCCACGAGCGGCGCCAUGGGCACCGUCGCCGCCACUGGCGAUCCGCAUUUGCAGAACAUCCAUGGUGAGCGGUUCGACCUGAUGAUGCCAGGCAGGCACACCCUGAUACACAUCCCACGGAAGGCAAGCCUCGAGAACGCGCUGCUCCAUGUGGAGGCAGAGGCGCAGCGGCUGGGUGGACAGUGUGCCGACAUGUACUUCCAGGAGCUGAACAUCACGGGCUCGUGGGCGGAGGCGAGGCAGGCGGGCGGCUUCCGCUUCCGUGCCGCUCCGGGUGCCGGCGGCGAGCGCUCGCGCUGGCUCCGCCUCGGCGACGUGCAGCUGAAGGUCUCCUUCGACGCCGCCGUCGUCGUCGUGGUCGUGGUCGUGAUCGUGGCUGUCGUCCCCGUCGUCGUCGAAGGUCGCACACGGGCACACGCGGCAGGGCGCCAGAUACUUGAACUUCUACGUCAGGAACCUCGGACACACCAGGCACGCCGUCGGCGGCCUGCUCGGCGAGGACGACCACUCGAAGGAGGAGGCGCCCAUGGACGGCUGCGCGCAUCGGAUGGCCCUCUAGGCCUGGAGUGCGGCGAUGGCGGCAGUCUUCCUGCGCGACGAGGACGUCCACAUCCUCUGGGCAUGGAUACGGGGCCGCGAUUUCAGGACCGCGCCCCGUGAGAGACCCUCGCGCCGAGGUGCUUGCGGACCGCAGAUGUCGACCCGAGGUCGCGGCCGCGCUUCGUCCUGCGCGCUCAGUGUCGCGGCCGCGCUUCUUCCUGCGCGCUCACAGUCAUUUCUGCUGCGGUCAAUUGAGAAACACUGGCCCUCUGGG